AUUCUCAUGGAAGUUGUGGUUUUCUAUAGCAUCCACCAUAGUACCACCAUUCCUGGGUCUCUUGUCAAUACACCUUGGGUGAGGGGGCUCCCUAUAGGUUUAUUUUUUAAGGCCAUUACUCCCUUUUAUUAUCACUCUUCAUUAAGGCCCAGAACCCCCAUUGUCUCCCCAGUGCUGGACUCAAUUCAUGGGCCUCAGAUGAACGGUAUUCUGGUGUCACCAGAUAUAAGCGAGGCUUCAAUCCACACAAUGAAUGACACUCUCUUAAGCAACUUAGACAAACUUCUGCUAGAGCUUGUUUUCCAGCUUGAGAAAACUUCUUAUGCUAAGGAACAUGUGAAGCACCAGAUAAAUUUAUAUACUGCAAGUAUUGUGGAAAGAAAGAAUGAAAUCUGUAGAUUACAUGAAAAUAUAAACAACAAUAAUGAUGCAAUUGUUUAUUUGCACAAGCAUAACAAGACUAGUAAGGACAAUUGCAAUGUCUGGAAACCAACAUAUGUGGUUCUUAGCAAGCAUGAAGAAUAUUUGAAUAACCAACUCAAAAACUGCCAAGAAACUACAGAAAACGACAAGAAAAUGUAUCAGGAUCACAUGAAUCAGUAUAAAGAGAUUUUGAAACAACACAAAGCAAAAUAUUCAGAAAAUGCUCUUGCUCAGGAAUAUUAUAUGAAAAAAAAAGAGAUUGAAGAAAUCCAGAAUAGAGUUCUGAAACAUUCUGAACAAUUUAAAUGGAAGGAAGCUACCCUUUUGGAUAUUUUAGAGCCUGCUCCUUUUAGGUCACUUUCUGAUUGGGCAUUACAGAUUGCUUAUCUGAGGGAAAAAACACAAGACGUCUUCAAGCAUGCUGCAGUUUUUACCCAGAAAUCUUUUGAACUAGAGAAAGAAGCAGAUGAAGUAGAAAUGAAAAUUAAUUAUUUCAAACAGCAGUUUGAAAGGAGUACAGAAGAUCAAAAUCAUUCUAAAAUUAUUGAAGGAAAAAAUAAAAAAAAUCUAGAGAAAAGGAAGGAGUUUAAAGAAAGGAUGUUUGAAGAGAUUGGAAAUCUACAUUUAUUAAAUGGGAAACAUCAACAGUAUAAACCAUUACAUCUGCCUUGCAUUCCUCAGAAAUUAGUCCAAUCUGUACAGACCUUUAGACUGUCUUCGCAAAGGACAGAAACAGGUGGAGAAGAAAGAGACAAUUCCAUGGACCAUUCAGGCAUUGCUAGUAUUUCCUUGAGCCAAAUGGACAAUGAAAUACAGAAAUUUAAUGAGACUGCAGGGUCUAACAAUCCCAAAAUUGCCAAAGUUCCAUCCAUAGCAAGCUUGCAAAACCAAAUGCAGUUCAGAUUGCUAGUUCCUCAGAAGCAAACAACUUGCAAGCAAUGGUUUGAAAAUGAAGCUACAGUAAUAGGAAACAAAGAUGCUGAAUGUGCAGAUAAGGGAGCAGCAAGUAAGUCAAAAGAUUCUGCAUAUAUAUCUCAAAAUGUACACACAGAGUGUUUUAUUAAGUCAAGUGAGGAUAAUCCUGAAGCAACAGAAGGAAGUAGUGAACAUUUUCUGCAAACCCCUGAGAUGCCUUUAUUUAUAAGAACACCAAAAUCUAAUGGGAAGAAAGCCCAGUUCCCUAAAACUCCUCCUUUUGAAUUGAGUCAUAAUGUAGGUUGUGAAGGACCAGCCCCCAAAUCACCUGCUUUUUCUUUUCUUAUGCCCUGUACCCAGAAGUCACCUGGCUUUAAUUUAUUUGACUCAUCUGUAUUUGGAGCAGAAAAUUUAUCAGACCAGACUGAUGAAAGUUAUUCUGCAGGAAACAUAAACCCUGUUUCCCCACACAAAGAUAUUGGAAGCUUAUUUGGGAAAUCGGAAAAUGAAGAUGUAUUUACAUUUUCCUUUCCGUCAGAGUCGUCUUCUCAUGCAUAUGGGGAUGGAAAAGAUGACUUCAGCUUUCCAUUUGCAUUUGGACAGGAUCAGAGAUCAUCACAUUCUUCCUCUCUGAAAGGUUUUCACUCUUCAUCACAAAAUACAAAGCCAUUUACACUCUUUUGAAUAUAUUUCUUGACUUCCUUUUGAAUAUUUUUGCUGCUUAGCCUUGACCCUUGUUUUCAGCAACUUAAGAAAAAUUCAUAACAUUUCACUUCUCUGUCAUUUAAUAUAAGGUGACAUUACUGUACUUGCAUCAAGAGCAUUUAAAUAUUCUCCACUGAUCAUACAUGCUCUUAGAUGUUUUUAUUUUUUUUAUCACUUUUAAUGAUUUAAUGUAUUGUUUGCAUGAAACCUUUUGAUAAGCUCUCCUUUAACCUGCACACGUUAACAUAAACAGAAAAAAUAUCAAUGGCAAUAGCAUAUUCCGUUUAUUCAGUACCUCUUACUGAGUAUUAAACCUCUGUGUUGAAUAAAUUAAAUGUAUGAUAUCAAAAAAUGGAGGCUGGUUUUGGUGUCAGUUAUAGCAACAGAACACUUGUUGUCAGUGGUAUAAAUACUGUUUUGUAUGGUUUUAGUUAACUCAUUUAUUGUAAAAAAAAAAUAACCAUUUUACUGCAGCAUUAAACACUGUUUGAAUUUGUUUAUUGGGUUAAAUACAGCAUUCAGAAAUUGGCUGAUUGUCUCAUUUAAAGUAAAAAUUUACAC